CAGAUUUUUCUUGCAUGUGUUGUGUGCGUAACAGGGCUGGACCCGGUUGCAUUGUGCGUGCUUCACAGCAGCUAGUCCUUACUGCAAUCAGGAGGGUGCUGACAAAAAUAAAUACUGCUGAGACUGAGCAGAAGUACUGGCAACUUUUUAUUUUUUCCUUCUUUUGAACUCCUCUUGUCUUUCCAUACAGAAGACAGCGCCCGUUUCGUUGAUAGAAAUCUGGAUGAAUACACGCGCGUUGUAGAACGACGGCAAAAGUGAGGCACAGCGAUGCGAGAGACCGCAGUUCCUGUCUUGCUGGCUUGCUGGUGGCUGUCCUCAAGCCACCUCGCUGCUGCGUCGUCUUUCCAGUGGGACUCGGAGAAUGCUUUGAACCACCUCCUGCUGGACCCCGCAACGGGGCACCUGUACGUGGGGGCGGUGAACCGCCUCUUCCACCUCUCGGGGAAUCUGGAGCUGCUCUCGUGGGGCGAGACGGGGCCGCGGAUGGACAGCCCGGACUGCCUGCCCCCAAUCAACCGGGAGUGCCAGCAAGCCACGGAGACCAGCAGCUAUAACAAGCUGCUCCUGCUGGGAGCUCCCAGGGAGGAGGGCAGCCUCAUAGUGUGCGGGACCGUCUUCCAAGGCAUCUGCGAGAAGCGCAGCCUGGGCAACGUGUCCGUGGUCCUGUACCGCACCCAGAGUCCCGUGGACAGCCAGUACGUGGCUGCCAACGACCCGCGGGUGACCACAGUGGGCGUGGUGGUGGCGGAGGAGGAGCUGGAGGAGCCGCUGCUGUUCGUGGGCCGCGGCUACACCAGCAAGGGCCCCGGUGGGGUGCCACCAAUCACCACGAGGCACCUGAGGGGCCACAACGCCUUCACCCACGAGGAGCUGGGCAAGCUGGUGGUGGGCAGCUACUCGGAGUACAACAACAACUUCGUGGCGGCCCUCCACGUCGGCCGCCACGUCUACUUCGUCUUCUUCCGGCGUGACCGCAGGGCCAAGCGGGAAUACCGCACUUACGUGUCCCGGAUGUGCGUCGGCGACCGCAGCUUCUACUCUUAUGUGGAAGUGCCACUCCGCUGCGCCGCGGGGGAGAAGGUCUACAAUCUGGCCCAGGCCACGUUUCUGUCCACUGCGGAGGAUGGCGAGGCCACGCUGUACGUGGUCAUGGCGGUCGGGCAGGCCUCCACGCCCGCCCCCACGCGGGACACGGCUCUGUGCGCGUUCCCCCUGGCGGAGCUCGACGGAGCGAUCGUGCACGCGCAGGAGCUGUGCUACGUGGCGGAGGGGCGGAGUGAGGGCGGGGCAGUGGAGGCUUACAUAGAGUACGAGGUGAACUCGCAGUGCACCAAACUCGCACCGGACUCUGUGAGUUUCUACCCCUGUGGGUAUGAACACACCCCCAGCCCCAUCGCCAGCUCGGUGCCCAUAGAGACGGCCCCCGCCAUCACCAUGGAAACCCAGCUCUCCGCCGUCGCCGCGACUACCCAGGCGGGCCAUACCAUCGUGCUGCUGGGGGACAGCCAGGGGCAACUCCACAAGGUUUUUCUCCAUUCUCGUUCGCAUGGAGAGGUGUACAGCAGCGAGACGGUGGAGCCUGGAUCUCCAGUCGGUGCUGAUCUGCUGUUCGAUAAUGCCAGAGAGCACGUCUACGUCAUGACAGCCUUCAAGGUGAGCAAGCUACCUGUGUCCUCGUGCAGCCGACACACGGACUGUGGCUCCUGCCUCUCUGCCCGUGACCCUCACUGUGGAUGGUGUGUCCUGCAGGGGAACUGCACACGGAAGGCGGAAUGCGAGCGUUUCGAACAGGCCAAUCACUGGCUGUGGAGCUAUCGUCGGGGGGAGGAGUGUGUCGCCGUGCAGAGGGUCAGCCCGGCCAAUCGGAGCCGAGAUGUGCCGACAGAGGUGUCUCUCGCAGUGCCCCGGCUGCCCAGCCUGGGCGAGGGGGAGUCGUUCUUCUGCGUGUUCGGAGCGCUGCCAGGCCAGCCGGCCGUCGUCACGGGAACCGAGGUCACCUGCCAAUCACCCCUGCCCGAGCAGGUCCCGCCCAGCGACCCGGGCAAAGACCACGUUGCGGUCAGGCUGUCGCUGAAGUUCAGUGGCGUUGUGGUGGCAGCCGUGGAAUUCAUCUUCUACGACUGCAGCGCCGUGUCGGAGCUCAGCGUCCGGGCACCGUGUCACAGGUGUGUUAGCAGUGACUGGGGGUGUAACUGGUGUCUCCUGGGUCAUUCCUGUACGCACCUGGAGAGCUGUCCUGCCCAUCUGAUCGUCUACAACCGCAAGAGCCUACAGCCAAUCAGAGGCCCCGAUUCUUGCCCGUACAUCACUGGUAUACUGGGAUCCCCACUGGUUCCAGUUGGCUUUGAGAAGCAGCUGAAACUGGUGGGUAAGAACCUGGAUUUGUUUGCGGAUGCAGCUCCAGAUUACCAGUGUGUGCUGGAGAUCGAAGAGGUCAGCCAGCUCCUCCCCGCUAAGCUGAAACGCAGCCCCCAGGACCCAGCAUCCUAUAACAUCACCUGCCAAGCCCAGGAGUAUCGCUACUCCGUCCCAGUCUCUGAAUACACCGUACCAGUAUACCUACAGAGAGGGCCUUCCCACCGCAUCGACAACCACCCUGACGUGAACGUGACCCUGUAUAACUGCUCUGUGGGCCAGUCCGACUGCAGCCUCUGCAAGGCUGGGGAGCCCCGGCACAGCUGCGUGUGGUGCGGAGGGGAGCAGCCUGGCUGUGUGUAUCGGGGGUCCUGUCGGGAUGAGGAGGUGGAGUCCUGUCCCGACCCCAUCGUUCACUCUAUCGAACCAGUGGCGGGGCCCCUGGAAGGAAACAUCGCCCUGACGAUCAUGGGCUCGAACCUGGGUCAGCGGUUUGAGGAGAUCGAGCUCACGGUGAGCGUGGCAGGGCUGAGCUGCACACCGGACCGGAACCAGUACCAGAUAUCUACCAGGAUAGUGUGCACCCUGAGCCCCAGCCCAGUGGACACCUCGGGACCGGUCCGGGUGAUUGUGGGGGACAGGGAGCCCGCUGUGUCCACACAGGUCUUCACUUACCAGAACCCAGAACUGACGUAUGUCUUGCCAGACAAAGGACCUGUAGCGGGCGGGACGUCCCUCAGCAUCCACGGGACCAAACUGAAGACGGGGCAGCCCAGUGAUGUCACCGCGUUCGUGGGUCAUGUGCCCUGUAAAAUUACGAAAAUGGAAGACUCUUUUUUGGUGUGUCUCACUGACCCGGCCAAUCGGACAGAAGCACUUCCUGUCAAGGUGCUGUUCGGCCAGGCAGAGAGGACGCUGGGAAACGUGGUUUUUCACUUCAAGGACAAUCCGGUUAUCGCUGAAACAAACGCGUCAAAGAGCUUCUAUGGUGGUGGGCGUGUCAUUCAGGUGAGCGGUCGGAACCUCGACGUUGUUCAGAACCCUCUCCUCCAGGUGUGGGCGGAGCCUUCGGAAGGUGGGCGGAGACUGAGGAGGGGGAUCGGCCAAUCCCACGAUGGGGAUCAAAGUAUCACUGAAAACAGCACUCUGAAAGAGUUUUCCCAGGUGUGUGAGGUUCUGUCCUCGGAGGUCAUGCAGUGUCCCUCUCCUCGGGUCCCGGCAGGAUGGGUGGUCUCGGGGGUGCUGUUCGUUUUGGAUAACCUCAGGGUCCCGUUCAACAGCGUGGGGAGGGGGGAGGUGUUCCUGUACCAGCCUGACCCCGUCUUCAAACACCUCAGCGAAGACGCAGAGCAGCCCUACCACUUCAAACCUGGCAGUGUGAUCAUGGUGGAGGGGAAGGGUCUGACCCUGGCGAUGACCCGGUCAGAGGUGUCGGCACGGGUCGGUGAUGGGGACUGUGUGAUGAAGACUCUGGACGAUGUGAACCUGUAUUGUGAACCACCCCCGACACAGCCGGCCUCGCUGCAGGGAGGGGGAGCCCUGCCGGAGUUCAUCGUGCAGAUGGGUGGACUCCAGUUCAACCUGGGCCGGGUGCAGUACGACUCUGCUGAGCCGUCUCUCUUCUCUCUCGGUGCUCAGCUGGGGCUGGCGGUGGGGGCUGUGCUGGUGGUUAUGGCCGUGCUGCUCAUCAUUCUCGUGUACAGGCGCAAGAGCAAGCAGGCGGUGAGGGACUACAAGAAGGUCCUGGUCCAGCUGAAGAACAUGGAGAUCGACGUGGGAGAGCAGUGCAGGCAGGAGUUCACUGACCUGAUGACUGAGAUGGACCUGACCAGUGAUCUGGGGGGCCCGGGGAUCCCCUAUCGGGAUUAUCGCUCGUACGCGGAGCGGGUCUUCUUCCCCGGGCAUCGCGAGUGCCCCCUGAGGAAGGGGCUGGACGUGCCCGAGUCACGCAGGCAGACCGUGGAGCAGGGGCUGGAACAGCUGGCCAAGCUGCUCAACAGCAAGGUGUUCCUCAUCAAGUUCGUCCACACAUUGGAGAUGCAGCCCGGCUUCUCUCAGCGUGAUCGUGGGUACGUAGCCUCCCUGCUCACCAUAGCGCUCCACGGGAAGAUGGAGUACCUCACUGACAUCAUGAAGACUCUGCUCGGGGACCUCGUGGAACAGUACAUGACAAAGAACCCCAAACUCAUGCUGCGCAGAACGGAGACCGUGGUUGAGAAGCUCCUUUCGAACUGGAUGUCCAUCUGUCUCUACUCCUUCCUCAGGGAUACCGCUGGAGAGCCGCUGUACAUGCUCUACCGAGCCAUCAAGUACCAGGUUGACAAGGGCCCGGUGGACGCGGUGAGUGGGAAGGCAAAGCGGACCCUCAAUGACAGCCACCUCCUGAGAGAGGCCCUAGAGUACCGCACGCUGACCCUGACGGUUGUGAUGAAGGGGAGGGGAGGGGAGGUCCAGCCAUGUCCGGUCCGAGUCCUGGACACAGACACGAUCACGCAGCUGAAGGAGAAGAUACUGGAUCAAAUCUACAAGGGGGUGCCCUUCUCCCAGAGACCCUCCGCAUCGAAGCUGGACCUGGAGUGGCGAUCGGGCGUGGCCGGUCACCUGACUCUCUCUGAUGAUGAUGUCACCGCUGUGGUUCAAGGAAGUUGGAAGAGAAUCAACACUCUGCAGCACUACAAGGUUCCUGAUGGCGCCACAAUCGCGCUGAUCCCCAGAAUGCACAGAGAUACCCAGCAAGGAUUAAGCCAAGCACAUCUGACCGGGGAAAAAACGGCCAUGCUGGAAGACGGCGAGGAGGGGGGUUUGAAGCUGUGGCACUUGGUCAAGUCCACUGAGGAGACGGAUGUUCCCAAGCACAGCAGAGGCAGCCAGCGAGAACGGGAGAGAACCAAAGCCGUGCCGGACAUAUUCCUCACCCGGCUGCUCUCCAUGAAGGGCACGCUGCAGAAGUUCGUGGACGAUGUUUUUCAAGCCAUUCUGAACACCAGCCGGCCCGUCCCCAUCGCGAUCAGGUACUUCUUUGACUUUCUGGAUGAGGUGGCGGAGAAACACGGGAUCGAAGACAAGGAGACCGUGCACAUCUGGAAAACAAACAGCGUGCCGCUGCGGUUUUGGGUGAACAUUCUGAAGAACCCGCAGUUCAUCCUGGACGUGCACGUGCCCAACAGCGUGGAUGCCGUCCUGUCCGUGAUCGCCCAGACCUUCAUCGACUCCUGCACCACCUCGGAGCACAAAGUGGGGGCGCGUGAGUGCAGAGAUUCCCCUGUUAAUAAGCUGCUAUAUGCAAGAGAGAUCCCACGAUACAAACAGCUUGUUGAGAAGUAUUACAGUGAUAUUCAAGAGACUGUGUCUGGAUGCUACCAGGAGAUGAACUCAAGUCUCACAGAGCUGUCUGGGAGCUUUGCUUCGGAGAUGAACAGCACAGUGGCCCUGCAUGAACUCUACAAAUACAUCAGCAAAUACUACAGUGAGAUCAUCAUGGCUUUGGAGGAGGACCCCACAGCACUUAAGAUGCAGCUAGCUUACCGACUUCAAAAAGUGUCUGCUUCUGUGGAGAAUAAAGUGACAGACUUGUGAUGAUCUUCAGGAGGAUCUGGCUCCGGUUUUAGCAGUGGAAACCAACCGUGUAGCAUCUGAGAGGACGGAACACAAGAAAAACGGUUUCGUCAGAGGGACCAGAGACUAGAUAAAACAGGAAUAUCCAGCAGAUUUUUUUUUUUUUCUUAAAUACAAAGCAGAGGUGAAACCUGGGUGGUUCUUUUUAAAACCCAGGCUGUUUGUUUGAUGGGGAAGCAAAAAAAAUCUGUGCCUGUCUCUUAUCUGCAGUAUUUUUUUUUAUGAUUUUAUGAAGUCAAUAUUCAUUCCACCAAACCAAAAAAACAUGUUUUUAAUCACACCCAACACAUUAUUCAGCAGGUUUCGUUCCACUUUCUGAAGCGCAGUUAAUUGUAUAUAUAAUGUUUAUAGGGUGAUGCAAAACUUUGGCAGAGCUGUACACAGAAAAGCAUUAGAAACCGAAACGGCUGUUCUUUCACUCUGAAUGUAAAUCAGCCCGACUGACACCAGGCACCUGAUUUCUGUGGAUAGUAAUGAAAGCUGAAUUUUCACAGGGACUCCGUGCACAUGCUUUUCCACAGCGUCAAAGAACUAUCCACUCAAACCACGUUUUAUAAAAAAACUAAACCUAUUUUUCAUGUUUGUUUUUUUUCUAAUUAAUAGAAUGCAUGUUCUGCACAUUUAAGUUGUCACUGAUUUUUUUUUCGUUCCAAAUGUACCCAAAAUUAAUUAAUUUGAGCAUAUUCAGCUUCUAAUAAGGAUAUAUGUAGGAGGCUGUGUGGUCCAGUGGUUAAAGAAAAGGGGCUUGUAACCAGGAGGUCCCCGGUUCAAAUCCCACCUCAGCCACUGACUCGUUGUGCGACCCUGAGCAAGUCACUUCACCUCCUUGUGCUCCGUCUUUCGGGUGAGACGUAGCUGUAAGUGACUCUGCAGCUGAUGCAUAGUUCACACACCCUAGUCUCUGUAAGUCGCCUUGGAUAGAGGCGUCUGCUAAAUAAACAAAUAAUAAUAAUAAUAAUAAGCACUUAAUUUGUCAUGAAUUUUAGGACCAGGGUUGUAGACGUUACCAAGAUUGGCUGAAGAGGUCCAUUCAACAACAACCUGUAUAUUGGUACAGAGUCUAUUUUUUAUAUAUUAAAACAAACAAUUUUAGUGCCUCGUAUUUUGUGCUAUUGUACAGGAGAGAUCAAUUGUUGUUGUUUGUCUCUGUAUAAAAUGUUUAUAUAUAUAUAUUAUAUAUAUAUAUAUAUAUAUAUAUAUAUAAUGUCUAUAAAAAUAAUUGUAUUUUUGCGUGUGUUCUUGUUUAUGUAUAUGAAUUUACUUUUUGUGUGUGUAUAUAUUUAAUUAAAAUGAGAAAUAAAGAAUUUCUAUCAGG